AGAUCUGGGUUGAUAACAACAUGCAAGAAGUAAAUCGAAGCUUGGAUGAUUAUCAAGGCAUGAUAAACAUCAUUCAGGUUCAAGAGAAGCUUAAUUGAGGUCAUUUAUUCUAAAUUACACAGUUUGCAUCAAUCUCGCAAUUCUGUCGCAAUUUGUAACAAACUGAUAUUUCAUGUUACUUUAGGUUUCAAUCAUGUCAAGUAGUGAUGACAAAUCAACCACUAGAAGCCACCAUGUGGAUGAAUCCUUCAUGCUCAAAGCAAUGCAACAACAAUUUCAGAGGUUGGACAUCAUGUUUGGUGAGAUUAAAGACAAAAUGGAGAAGCAAAAUGCAACGAUAGCCAAGUUAUAUCAAACACAGAAUGGAAGUCCAAAUUUGCAUAGGAAUGAUGCUAAUGAUGAUUUCAAUGACAAUUAUAAAGAUGCAUUUAACAAUGACGCCCAGAGCUCAAAUUUCAGCAUGGACAGAAUUAUGAGAGCUUUCCUGGAGUUUAGAAAUCCCUUGUCGUGCUGUGGGUCUCAUUGUUCUCUUUGGGGUUCUCAUCAAUUACCUAUUGAUGAACAAGCUAGUUUGGGUGAGAAAAAGAAAGCUGAAGUGGUUAAGCAACUACAUGAGAAGGUGCAGCAAAACAUAGAGCGACGAAUUGAGCAAUAUGCAAAUCAAGCCAACAAAGGGCAAAAGAAAGUUGUGUUUGAACCUGGACAUUGGGUUUGGGUGCAUAUGCGGAAGGAGCGAUUCCCUGCACAAAGGUGUUCUAAGUUGCAACCAAGAGGCGAUGGACCAUUUCAAGUGAUUGCAAGGAUAAACGACAAUGCAUACAAGUUGGAGCUUCCUGGUGAGUAUAAUGUUAGUGCUACUUUUAAUGUUUCUGAUCUUUCUCCUUUUGAUGUAGAUGACGAUUUGAGGACAAAUCCUUUUCAGGAGAGAGGGAAUGAUGGGAAUCAAGACGACAGCAUAUCUACUACGCCAUGUGAUCCAUUACACACCCAAGGAGGUCCAGUCACGCGAGCUAGAGCUAGGAAGAUGCGAGAAGCUUUAAAUGGCCUUAUUGAGCAGAUCUGGGUUGAUAACAACAUGCAAGAGGUAAAUCGAAGCUUGGAUGAUUAUCAAGGCAUGAUAAACGUCAUUCAGGUUCAAGAGAAGCUUAAUUGAGGUCAUUCAUGCUAAAUUACACAGUUUGCGAAAAUCUCGCAAUUCUGUCACAAUUUGUAACAAACUGAUAUUUCAUGU